AUGUUCAUUACUGGGAACUCUCCUGGGAACCUCUCUCUCCACCUCUCACACAUCACUAAGGAGGAUCAUGGGGUGUACAGGUGUACAAUCAAGGAUAGAGAAGACAGGAACACAUACUGUACAUCUGACUCUAUGUAAAAGGUAAGAGAUGCAUCUCAGGCUUAGACAGCUGUGUAUAGAAAAUAUGACAGGAAGCAACAGUAUAAGGCAAACAUCUGUACAAACAAUUCAUGGUUUGGUCCUCAAAUAUAUAAGCUAUUUCAGAUUACUACAUUAUAUGGCAUUAAUAAUACUGAAGGCUAGCAGUGAUACUGUUAGUAAUGGGUAGUCUUACAUGUUCAUGGUAGCAGUUGUAGAGAACUACCAUCAUCUAAAAUUGAUAAAGUAAGUAUAACACAUUUCUAUGUAUUUCAACAGGCUACACUUUGUUAGACACUACAGCCCUGGAGAUGGGUAGAUCCACACACCAGUCUGUGCUCCUGCCCUGUUCCGGUUCUGAACUUCAGGCUAAACCUCCCAGCGUCACAUGGACUAAAUUCAGAGAUGGACAGAGACCUGAGACUAUAUCAACCCAGAGUGAUCACUACAAAGGCAGAGUAAAGAUGUUUACUGAGAACUCUCCUGGGAACCUCUCUCUCAUCCUUUCACAUCUAACGCGUGAGGAUGAGGGGUGAUACUGGUGCCAAAUCAGUACUGUAGAAAUCAAAGAAAUCAAACUCUAUUUUAAAGGUAAGAGAUCCCACUCCCAAAAAAUGUUGGGGCUCAUUUUAUCUUUAGCUACAUAGUAUUGGCAGGGACCUAAUGCUCCACUUUUCUGUUAGAGUCAGAGCAAACCAAAACACCCACCACCACCAAACAUCCAACAGUAACUCAAACCAAAACACCCACUGCCACCAAUAACUCAACCCACAACUAGAAAAUCCCUACCAACAACUUCAUCUAAAAGUCAGUGUACAUCAUGACAACACUCCACAAGCAAAAUAAGGAAAUCAUUCAAAUGUCUUAUAUUGCUAAAGACUGUUGCUGGUUAUAACCAUAUUUAUAUCAAAGGAUCAGUACAUUUCCUGGAAGAGUCAGUUACACGAGACUGACUAAAUGUCCAUGUCCUGUAGGGACAGACACUGGGGGGACUUCAGAGAAAGCUCCAUCUACAAUCCUCUACAUUGUACUGGCUGUUCUACCAGUCAUACUCAUCAUUGCUGGAGUGGCUCUUUACAGAUAGAGGAGAAAUAAUGGUUACUUGUCCACAAUUGCAACCACAUAGAAAAGCAAUGAGUUUAGUUGGGGGAAAGUGACAGGACUAAUUGUGUUUAUUAAACUCACUGUUAUUUUAUAGAAAAACACAGAGGAGAAAAGUAGUGGGAGCAAAACAGGGGGAAAGAAAAUGAUAAGGUAAAUAAAUAAUUUAGAAGCUCUAUCUUACAGGGGUGUCAAACUCAUUCCAUGGAGGGCCUAGUGUCUUCUGGAUUUUGGUUUCUCCUUUCAAUUCCUUACUAAUCAGUCACCUUAAUUCCUCAAUCAAGUACAAGGGAGGAGCGAAAACCCGCAGACACUCGGCCCUCCGUAGAAUGAGUUUGACACAUGAGAGUGUGGGGAAAUUAAGAUAUGACGAAAGAAUACAUCCCAUUUAUCAUUGUGUUAUUUAUAUGAGGAUGGUCAAUUAGACAAAGUUACUGUUUGUGUCUCAUUGUAUCUCUCCUCUAUAGGAUGAUGUAUGCUACGGUUCACACAGAAACAUCAACCAAGAGGAGACAACAACACUCCACAGUGCACUAGUAAGAGAAGUGUAGUAUGUGUGUUAGUAAAAAUACACUGAGUGUACAAAACAUUAAGAACACCUUCCUAAUAUUGAGUUGCACCCCCCCUUUUGCCCUUAGAACAACCUAAAUUUGUCGGGGCAUGGACCCUACAAGGUGUCGAAAGCAUUCCACAGGAAUGCUGGCCUAUGUUGACUCCAAUGCUUCCCAUUGUUGUGUCAAGUUGGCUGGAUAUCCUUUGGGUGGUGGACCAUUCUUGAUACUCACACGAAACUGUUGCGCGUGAAAAACCCAGCAGCAUUGCAGUUCUUGACACACUCAAACCGGUGCACCUGGCACCUACUACCUACCAUACCUCGUUCAAAGGCACUUAAAUCUUUUGCCUUGCCCAUUCACCCUCUGAGUGGCACAUGUACACAAUCAAUGUCUCAAGGCUUAAAAAUCCUUCUUUAACCUGUCUCCUCCGAUUCAUCUACACUGACUGAAGUGGAUUUAACAAGUGACAUCAAUAAGGGAUCAUAGCUUCACCUGGAUUCACCUGGUCAGUCUAUGUCAUGGAAAGAGCACUCAGUGUAUAUAUAGUGUAAAUUAGUGUGAAUCUACAUCCCUGGGUGCUGCAGUGCCUGUAUCUGAAUGUAUCUUGUGUUUCUUAUUGUCCCUCUGUACAGGAGGAUCCCUCAGUUAUAUACUCCAUUGUCCACAUGAAAGGAAAAGGGAAGGCAGCAGUGAGUAUAGAGAACAGUGGAGAAUUUGUGUUUAUUUAACCUUUAUUUAACUAGGCAAGUCAAUUAAGAACUCAUUCUUCUUUACAAUGACGGCCAGAGUAUGCCAGCAUCAAGACGGGCAGAUCCUCCUAGAGCCAUUAUACAGUAGGCCACACAACAUGUGUGGUUAUUGUUACCAUAUAUUACUUAACUGUAAAUAUGUUUCACUCUUCACAUACAAAUCUUCAUAUUACAAGGCAAAUUAAAUACCAUAUGAUAGAAUUCAAAUUUGAUCCCAAUUACAUGAUGUAUUUUGUCUUUCACUUUUCUUCUGCCAUAAUAUCAUAAAUUAAAUGCAUUCUGUAAAUAUGUAUGAUAGAUUAUUUUUCAAAACUAACUACUUUUAUUAACAGUGUAAAGAAUAGGAAAAUCUAUGGCAAUAAAGUUUGAACAAAAAGUACGCUCUUCUCUUCUUUUUGAUGAGUUGUGUUGUUUUAUGUAUCUACAUUGGCAAUGUUUGGAAUCAUAGUUCUGCUAAAAUCAUGCUUGUUCUCUAAUGGUGAUAUGUGGAAUUAUAUUGCAAUGGCGAUAGAAAUUCUCUUCAACCAGUAUGCCUUUGUUGAUUUUGGGGAAUUAUGCAAUACCUGCCUAAUUUUUCUAAUAUACUGUAUUUAGGGUCUAUAUUUGUUAUCUAAAGAGGUUGAGCAGUUUUCCAUUUAUGAAAUGACAGAUUGGAGGAUUGAUGGUCAUUUUGUCAUGGAUUACAUUAUCAUGGUCAAAUGAAAAUAAUCCUAGAUUUAUCUGAACUAUGAUUCCUUUCAAAGACUGACAUCAUUUUGAGAAGAGCGAGAGUCGGAUGACUAGUUAAGGAGAGUCGGGUGACUAGUUAGAGAAAAAGAGAUGCAGAGAGGUCUGUAACCGGAUGUGGGCUGAGAGUCACGACAUAGCAUUCACACACUGUACUUCCCUGGCAAGGUCACACAAGUACACAUAUUGUCAGUCUACACUCACAGGGAAGCCAAACUCAGUCCCUCUCUCAACACAUACACACAGAACAUACCGUUUCUGUCUUUAGACAGUCUUCAACAUCAGGAGACAGUUGUCAUCAUGUGGAUCUCUGUGUUUCUGAUCAGCGCAAUCCUUCACAUUACUGCAGGAAAUGAAGGUGAGUCCUACUGUCUUAACCUGUAUGUGGUUAUGGAGGCCAUGGAGACCUCACUGUUACUGAAAAAAAAGAGUGUGUGGAAAAAUACUAAUGUGUUGAGUAUACAAAGUGUACACAAUCACAUAAAGUGUUGCUUGUUGCUCUUACUCUGGGGAGAUUGUUUAUCAACAGUCAUCCUUCUGCAGUUAUUAUUCUGGUUCAUAAACAAUGUUUAUGGCAUAUCUUAUUGCUUCUGGUCAAAUAAACCAUUGAUUCACUUUGGAUAAAAGUGUCUGCUAAAUGGCAUGUAUGGAUUCUGUUGCAGAUCUCUCAAAUCCUGUUUCAGUUUCAGACACAAUGUAACAUCAGAUUACUUAACAAGAAGGUACUGCCCAUAAUGGAUUGUCUAUACUGUACAUGCAGAAUUGUAAUACUCGUAUUAUAAGUAUAAUGUUGCUCUGUUUUUCAACAGGCUGUACCCUUUCAGGCACUAACAUUCGACUGCAGGAGAUCACUGCAUUUACAGGCCAGUCUGUUCUCCUGCCCUGCUCCUGUACUGUACGUCAGUUUGAUACUCCUAGACUCACAUGGACUAAAUUGAGUCAGGAGACUGUUAUAUUAACCCAGAGUGAGCUCUACAGAGACAGAGUGGAGCAGUUUAAUGAAAAAUUUCCUGGGAACCUCUCUGUCCUCCUCUCACACCUCACUCAGGAUGAUCAGGGAGAUUACAGAUGUACAAUCAAGGAUAGAGAAAACAGGGACGAAUACAGGGACAUCAGACUCCAUGUUAAAGGUAAGAGAUUCAGACAGCUGUAUAUAGAAAGUAUAACAGUAUGGCAAACAUCUGUACAAAACAAUUCAUGGUUUGGUCCAUCAAAUAUAUAAGCUAUUUCAGAUUACUAUAUGGUGUUGGUAAUACCGUUAGUAAUGGGUAGUCUUAAGUGUUCAUGUUAGCAGUUGUAGAGAGCUACCAUCAUCUAAAAUUGAUCAAGUAGGUGUCCCUCAACAAAUUGCUCUGUUUCAACAGGCUGCACUUUGUCAGACUCUAACCAACUGGAGAUAGUUAGAUCCCGGGGCCAGUCUGUGCUCCUGCCCUGCUCCUGUACUGAACUCCAGGCUAAACCUCUCAGACUGACAUGGACUAAAUUCCUCGAUGGACAGACACACGCAAUACCAUUAAGAGACAGAGUGGAGAUGUUUAAUACUGAGAAAUCUCCAGGGAACCUCUCUGUCCUUCUCUCAUGCAUCACUAAGGAGGAUCAGGGGUGGUACAGGUGUGAAAUAAACAACCAAAACUUUAGAGACAUACGUAUCACUGUUAAAGGUAAGAGAUCUGAUAAUGAUGCAUUUUAUCACAGAGGUUUCUCCGUAAAUAACUUAACAUCAUAAGAACAGAAUGGCCACGAAUGCGUACAGAGCAGCAGUUUGUAGAUUUCCUGACAGUUGUGUAGAAUGUAGCAGCACGGUAUGGUUAUUAUCACUAGUAGUAACUGAUAAAAAGUGAGUAUUGUCUGCACACUGAAAAACAAGCACGGUGUUCACAAUUUAAGUUGACUUUGUCAUGCUCAAGAGGUGCAUAACAAAAUAAGUUUAGAAGAGGGUAAAGACGGGUAUUCAAAACACCUUGAACUCACAUUCAUAACACCUUUUAAUUCAUAACAACAUAACACAUAUUCAACAUCAACACUGUUGAAGGCCUACCGACCAAUAUAGUGCAAUUGAGUGAGUGGAAUAUCUCUCUUUAAACACAACAAAUAGCCUAGAUAUAGAACAUGUAAACUAAUCUGGGACUCAUGUUAGUUGCAUAGUAUUGGCAGAGCCCAUUCUAACAUGCGCCUCUGCUCUAGCUAACACUAGGCUAAUGGUCCUCUCUCCUGUUAGAGACAGAUGGACCCCAAAAAACCACUACCACUAAACAACCAAAAGUAACUCAAACCAAAAGACCAGAGACUACAAAAGCACUACCAACAACUGCAUCUAAAGGUCAGUUCAUGUCCAAUGAAUAUCAUGAAAUUACACUCCCCAGCAGAAUAUUUAAAGGAAAUUAUUCAAAUGUCUCAAAAUUACACACAUAUACUACUGGUCAUACCUACAAUUCCAUCAAAUUGUCAGUACAUUUUAUGUCUGACAGGUUCGAAUAGAUGACAUUUUAACAAAAAACUACAUCAGUGUACAAGCUGACCACAGUACACAAUUUUGCACUAAGCAAAGCUCUCUGUUAUACUGUAGACUGACUAAACAUGUCCAUAUCCUGUAGGAACAGACACAGUGGGGACCUCAGGAGAAGCUCCAUCUGCAUCCUCUCUGCCAAACAAUACCAUCCAAUACAUCUUACUGGCUGUUCUACCAGUCAUACUGAUCAUCGCUGGAGUGGCUUUGUACAUAUACAAGAGAAACAAAGGUAUUUAUCCACAAUUGCAACUACUCAGAAAAGCAAUGAGUUCAGUGGAAUGUGGGAAUGGUUCAUUUUGUGUAUUAAACACUGUUUUCUUUUUUUCCCAGGAAAGAAAAACACUGGGGAGAAUAGUAGUGGGAGCAAAACAGAAGAAGAGAAAAAUGAUGAGGUUCAUCAAUAAUUUAGAAGCUCUAUCACAUUGAGAUUGUGGGGAAAUCAAGAAUACAUCCCACUUAUCAUUGUGUUAUUAUACGGUUAAGGGUACAAAGUUACUGUAUGUGGGCCUUCUUCUCUGUUUCCUAGGAUGAUCCCUCUACAAUGUAUUCUACGGUUACAGACAGAAACACUGGUUUAGGCGACAAGACAACAACACUCAGUGCACCAGUAAGAGAAUGUUUGUGUUUGUGUGUUUGUUUUUAAGACUGUUACUGGAUUAAAUCAUGUCAAAUUCAGUGGGAAAAUGAAGGUCUCAAGAAAGAUUACAUCUCAAUCACUGUGCUAUUUGUGUGCUGAUGGAUGUUGCAACGUCAUUACACAGUAUGUGUCUCAUUGUAUCUUGCCUCUCUAGGAUGAAAAGUGUAGUGUGUGUGUGUGUGUGGUAGUAUAAACAUUAUAUAUAGUGUAAAGUAGUGUGAAUCUGUGCAUCCCUAGAUGUUAGCAGCAUUGCCUGUGUCUCUGAAUGUAUCUUGUGUUUCUUAUUGUCCCUUUAUAUAGGAUGAUCCCUCAGUGAUAUACUCCACCAUCGUCCACAUGACAGGAAAAGGGAAAGCAGCAGUGAGUCUGGAGAGCAGUGGAGAAAUAGAGUACGCCAGGAUCAAGACAGGCAGAUCCUCCUAG